AUGUCGAAAAGGCGGAAUGAAAAUAUUGAAAUUAUGACAAUUCGAUCAAAUAUAGAAGGUGUCGAAGAAGAAAUUCCAGCAAAGAUCAAAGUUUUGCCAUUCGAGGAAAGUUAUCUUCGAGCUAUUCCUCGUGCUGCACAUUAUGAAAAAUCGUUCAUGCAUCGCGAUGUAAUAACACAUGUAAUUGCGAUGAAGACGGAUUUUAUUGUUACUGCAAGUUGCGAUGGUAUUUUGAAAUUUUGGAAGAAAAAACAUAGUGAGGGAAUUGAAUUUGUUAAACAGUUUCGAUGUCAUCUUCAUAGUUUUUCCAGUCUAGCCGUAAAUCACAGUGGAACAUUUUUGGCAACCGUUUGUUCUCAAGAUCAGUCAGUAAAAAUUUUUGAUGUAAUUAAUUUCGAUAUGAUCAAUAUAAUUAAAUUAGAUUUCUCACCUGAAUCAGCAGCAUGGAUUCAUCAAGGAAACGAUGUUGUAUAUUCAUUAGCAAUAACUGAUUCAGUUUCACCUAAAAUUUUCAUCUACGAUGGCAAAGGUGACGGGCAGAAGAUUCAUAUUUUAGAUAGAUUACAUUCAAAACCGGUCAAGCUAAUUCAGUAUAAUUAUGUUUACGAUUGUGUUAUAUCAAUCGAUUGUGCUGGUAUGAUUGAAUAUUGGUCUGGACCAAAAGGAGAAUAUAAGUUUCCUGAUAAUAUUCGAUGGACUUAUAAAACGGACACGGAUUUAUAUGAAUUUUUAAAAUUAAAAGUUAUUCCUCGUUGCUUGGUUAUCUCACCAAAUGGUCAUCUUUUUGCCACAGUUGGCACUGAUCGAAAGAUUAGGAUUUUUGAUUUUUUAAGUGGCAAAUUAAAUUUUACUAUCAAUGAAACAAUGCAAUUGUACGUAGAACAAGCUAAGGAGAAUAAAAAUUAUGGCUUGCAAAACAUGGAAUGGAAUAGAAGAACGGCAUUGGAAAAAGAACUGGAUCGUGAUGAAACCUCUUUUCAACAUAUAUCUAUCUGUUUUGAUGAAACGAGUAAUUUUCUCAUUUAUCCUACGCCAGUGGGAAUAAAGGUUUUAAAUUUGUUUACCGACAAAAUUGUGCGUGAAAUAGGUAAAACUGAAAAUAUGCGUUUUCUCGGUGUUUCAUUAUGUCAGCCAGUUCCAGAUAUCAAAGACCGUUUUCAGGGCGGUGCGACAAUUGAUAUAGUAGCUGCAGAAAAUCCAAAUUUAAAAAAAACCGAACCUGAUCCAGUACUUGUCGCAUUUGCUUAUCGCAAAAAUCGUUUUUACUUAUUCACAAAUUCUGAACCCUUUUCAAUUGAUGAUGCAGAUACCGAAGGAACGGGAUUGGGACGUGAUGUUUUUAAUGAAAAACCGAAAAAAGAAGAUGUAAUAACUGCAGUGGAGAAUGAAACAUCUGAAAGUAAAUUAAAUGAAGGAGCGAUUAUUCAUACCACAUUCGGUGAUAUUCAUAUCAGAUUGUUCCCAAACGAGUGUCCUAAAGCCGUUGAAAAUUUUUGUACUCAUUCGAGGAGAGGAUAUUACAAUGGACAUACUUUUCAUCGAGUCAUUAGAAGUUUCAUGAUUCAAACUGGAGAUCCAACUGGUAAAGGCACGGGAGGACAGUCAAUUUGGGGUAAUGAUUUUGAAGAUGAAUUUCAUCCACGGUUGCGGCACGAUAAACCUUAUAUGGUUUCGAUGGCGAAUGCUGGUCCGAACACAAAUGGAUCUCAAUUUUUUAUAACAGUUGUCCCAGCUGAAUGGCUGGAUGGGAAAAACACGCUUUUUGGACAAGUAACUGAAGGUUUUAACGUGGUCCAAAAAAUAAAUCAAGUUAAUACUUACGACAAGAGUGGCCGACCAAAACAGGAAAUAAAUAUCGUGUCAAUAACACUAAAAUGA